AUGUCAGCACAUAUAAAAGAAGCAAUCUUAAUUGCUGGAGGAUUCGGAAGUUUAUAUUCUCUCUUUAGAUACGCUAAGAAAACGUUUCAGGGCUUCGACAGUGUGAUAGAUUUCGAAUGUAGAAGAGAAUUCAAUGAUUUCAUACAAGAAAGGUCUGUAUUAAGUUUGGUUCAUAUUAAAGCAUGCAUUGAAAAUGAAAGAGCUGAAGGUGCCUUUUACUCUCCAUAUUUACCAAGCCCAGUCAAGCGUUUAAGAUAA